AUGAAGAACAAGGGUAAUCGUGAAACUCCAGUUCUUCCCUGUGAUAUUUAUAACUCUACAUCUUGCACUCUUCUUCCACCUCAUCUAAAAUCUCCGAUUGUUUCAGAAAAUUUAAACUCCAUGGAUAGAGAGCAAGAAGACCUUCAAUUUCUCAGCUUCUUCAGCAUCUUCAAGGAGUCCUUCAGGAUCAUCUCCUCAUGGAAAAAAAUCUUCUCUCAAAUUACCCUCACUCUCAUCCUCCCCCUCUCUUUCAUCUACCUCGCCCACAUAGAGAUCUCCCAGCUCCUCUUCUUCAAAAUUCUCCACAAUGAAAGCGCCCUAGAAGAAACCCAAGUCGGAUCCACUAAAUAUUCCAAACUCUCCAACAUCAUCUCCUCCGAAUGGACCGCCUUCUGGCUCUUCAAAUUCGCUUACUUCACCUUCUUCCUCGUUCUCGCUCUCCUCUCCACCUCCGCAGUCGUCUACACCAUCGCCUGCAUUUACACCGCCAAAGAUAUCACCUUCAAGAAGGUCAUGAGUGUCGUUCCAAAGGUCUGGAAGCGCCUCAUGGUCACUUUUCUCUGGAGUUUCGUCCUGCUUUUUCUAUAUCAUGUUGUUGCGGGGAGUGUCUUUGUGUUUUGGGUAAUUUUUCUUGAAGAUAACACCGUUGGAGUUCUGAUAGGAGUUGUUUUAUUAGCUUUUUACUUAUGUGGGUUAGUUUAUAUUAACAUAGUUUGGCAUUUGGCGAGUGUCGUCUCAGUUUUGGAAGAUGUUUAUGGGUUCAAGGCGUUGAAGAAGAGCAAGAAUUUGAUCAAGGGAAAAAUGGGGAUCUCAACUGGGAUGUUUGUGGUGUUAAGUGUUUGUUUGGGAGGGAUUGAAGUGUUGUUUGAGAAUUUUGUGGUGCUAGGAUUGUCGCCAAAUGUUGGGGUAGCAAUUUUGGUGGGAAUUGUUUGUUUCUUGUUGGUGGUGAUGGUGAUUCUUUUAGGGCUUGUUAUUGAAACAAUUAUUUACUUCAUUUGCAAGUCUUAUCACCAUGAGAAUAUUGAUAAGUCUUCCUUAGCCGAUCAUCUUGAGGUUUAUCUGGGAGAGUAUGUUCCUCUCAAGGCUAAAGAUGUUCAAUUGGAACAAUUUCAAGUUUAG